AUGUCCCGAUACGCAGAAGCUCAUUUGAAUCCUGCUGGCCCGGGCGAUGCUCGUCCAACAGCCCUUCAAAUUAUAAAGGACGAAGCAGCAGAGGGAAAGCUAGCCGGGAAAGUUGUCGUCAUCACCGGCACUUCGUCUGGAUUAGGGAUCGAGACAGCUCGCGCUCUAUCUUUGACUGGAGCAAAGCUGUUGUUGACGGCACGAGACCUGAACAAAGCUAAGACUGCUCUGGACGGAAUACUCGAGCCAGGGCGCGUUGAGCUCGUUGAGAUGGACAAUUCUUCCUUGAGCAGUGUGCGUUCCGCCGCGAAAGCCAUUCUCCAGAAGUCGAACGGCCAAGUCAACGUCCUCAUCAAUAACGCUGGCAUUAUGGCUCUGCCCAAGUUGGAGUACACGAAAGAUGGCUUUGAAAUGCAGUUUGGAGUCAAUCACCUCGCCCAUUUUCUACUCUUUGAACUCCUGAAGCCAGCUCUCCUCGCCAGUGCUAGCCCUGAAUUCUCAUCUCGAGUCGUCAACCUCUCUUCUUCUGCCCAUCACGUGGCCUCGAUCAAUGACUCAGGCAACUACAAUUUUGAGAAGACUGAAUACAAUGAAUUCGUUUCAUAUGGCCAGUCAAAGACCGCCAAUAUCUACAUGGCCAACGAGAUCGAGCGGCGCUACGGAUCGCGAGGACUCCACGCUACCAGUGUUCAUCCUGGCGGGAUUUUCACGGGGCUUAUGCAGCAUAUGGACCCUGCAGUGCUUAAAGAGAUGCAAAAGGACGAAAAUCUGUUCAAAACGAUGAAGUCGCCAGAGCAGGGUGCUGCAACGACGGUGUGGGCGGCAAUUGGCCAGGAAUGGGAGAAGAAGGGUGGGGAGUAUCUUGCGGAGUGCGGAAAAACAACCCGUGGAAACGACAAUCACGAGAUCUUGGGUGUAGGCUUUGCAGGGCAUGCUUAUGAUCCCGAGAAAGAGGCUCGGCUCUGGAAAGAUUCGUUAAAUAUGGUGGGGCUAACAGACGAUCAGUAA